GGCGGCCGCGCGUUGGGUUUGCGGCGCGCGCGCGCGGGGUGGUGUCGCGUGCGCCAUGAAGGAGACGUGCGGAACUUCUAUGCUGCAGAACCAACCUCAGAGGCACUAUGGAGUUACCUCUCCAAUUAGCUUGGCUCCUCCUAAGGAUGUAGAUUAUAUUCAUACUCAGAAGCUAGUUGAGGCAAUGAAACCAUUUGGGGUAUUUGAAGAUGAAGAACAACUGAAUCACAGACUCGUUGUUCUUGGUAAAUUGAGCAACUUGGUCAAAGAAUGGAUUUCAGAACUUGGUGAGAGCAAGAAACUUCCCCCUUCAGUAGUAGCAAAUGUUGGUGGCAAAAUAUUUACAUUUGGUUCUUACAGGCUGGGAGUACACACCAAAGGUGCUGACAUAGAUGCUCUUUGUGUUGCUCCUAGACAUGUGGAAAGAUCAGAUUUCUUUCAGUCAUUCUUUGAAAAACUAAAGCAUCAAGAGGAAAUAAAAAAUCUAAGAGCAGUUGAAGAUGCGUAUGUACCAGUUGUCAAGUUUGAAUUUGAUGGCAUUGAGAUUGAUCUCGUGUUUGCAAGACUGUCUGUACAAACUAUUUCUGAUAAUCUUGAUCUCAGAGAUGACGCACGUCUGAGAAGUCUGGAUAUAAGAUGUAUACGGAGCUUAAACGGCUGCAGAGUUACUGAUGAAAUACUACAUCUAGUGCCAAAUAAAGAGAAUUUUCGACUCACACUCCGUGCAAUUAAACUGUGGGCAAAGCGACGUGGUAUAUACUCCAACAUGCUGGGAUUUCUUGGUGGGGUUUCCUGGGCGAUGCUAGUAGCAAGAACGUGUCAGCUCUAUCCAAACGCGUUGGCUUCUACUCUUGUUAACAAGUUCUUCUUGGUUUUUUCAAAAUGGGAGUGGCCAAAUCCUGUGCUGCUGAAACAACCUGAAGAGAGUAAUCUUAACUUACCUGUAUGGGACCCUAGGGUGAACCCAUCUGACCGAUAUCAUGUAAUGCCUAUAAUCACGCCAGCCUAUCCGCAGCAGAACUCUACAUACAAUGUAUCUACAUCAACACGAGCUGUAAUGGUGGAGGAGUUCAAACAUGGUCUUGCCGUUACAAAUGAGAUUCUUCAAGGAAAAGCAGACUGGCCAAAGCUCCUAGAACCAUCAAACUUCUUCCAGAAGUACAAACAUUAUAUUGUACUGACUGCUAGUGCAUCUACUGAAGAGCAUCACUUAGAGUGGGUUGGACUUGUUGAAUCUAAAAUCCGUGUGCUGGUUGGAAAUUUGGAGAGGAAUGAAUUUAUAAAUAUUGCACAUGUAAAUCCACAGUCUUUCCCUGGCAACAAAGAACACUGUAAACAGAGUGGCUAUGUGUCAAUGUGGUUUCUUGGAAUCAUAUUUAGGAAAGUGGAAAAUGCAGAAAGUGUUAACAUUGAUUUAACAUAUGAUAUACAGUCGUUCACAGAUACAGUUUACAGGCAGGCUAACAACCUCAACAUGCUGAAAGAAGGUAUGAAGAUUGAGGCAGCUCACAUGAAGAGAAAGCAGCUCCACUAUUUUUUGCCUGCAGAAACCUUACAGAAGAGAAAGAAGCAAAGCAUGCCAGAUAUUAGUCACAAUGCUAGUGGACUUCAGUCCAAAAGGGCCUCUUCAGAUGGAAGCUGUUUGGACAGUUCCAGAGACAUGGACUCCAGAAAACCAUAUAAUUCCCCUUUGUUAAAUAGGACAUCUAAAUUGGACAUCUCUGCAGCAGAAAUAGAAAGAAAUGCUGGAAUUCAGCUAGCUAAUGGUGCUAGCAGUAGAGAGAAGAUACCUAAUGUAGCUGUUCCAUCAGUGUCUAAGGGGCUGUCCAUUCCAGUUAUUGGUUCAAAAGUGGAGACUACAGUUACAGUAAGAACAUCAGGACCUCCUUGCAUUGGUUGCACCAUUCCUACUGUAGUAGGACAUAACACAAUUUCUCGGCUUAGAACACAUCUUGUCCAAGGACAGCAUGAACUAAAUGGGACUCCGGCUUCAAAUUCUAAGAAUGCUGCACCUAAACGACCUUAUUCACCUACCUCAGAAGAAUGCCCUAAACGACCAAAAGACAGAGAAAAGUUAAUUGGCCAGGAUUCAGCAUUCAAAGAUGGUGGCAAUCCAGAAGAUGUAAAGAGAAGAUCUACAGAAAAUGAUGGCCUUGGAGGAAAAUCCACGCCUAUUCCAAUUAGUGACACACCAAGGUCACAGGUAUUAUCUGUUGUGCCCUUAUGUUCACAGAGGCUUUCCAGUAAAGAGCUACCAGAUUCCUCAUCUCCUAUUCCAACAAAUAUUCGCAUUAUUAAAAGAUCCAUCAGACUGACCCUUAACCAGUAACAAGUGUCUCUUCAGAUGCUGUAGGAUACUCCUAUUACUGUGUAGCUUUUCCAAGAUCGCCUACUGACAAGCCACUACCUACAAAAUCAUGAUGUUCUUUGGGGUUUUUUUAGCAUUGUUAGUUUAGAUGUUUGCUUCUUUUGGAACUACUUUCUGUGUAGCCUUGCAACAGCUGUCCUUAGCCUUUUAAAAGUCUUAACGGUCACUAGCUGAAAAAGCUUGUGUUGAAAAAGCCACAAAAAGCAACCUGUACUGUGGCUUCGAUUCAGAAUGCAUGUAAACAGGAUUUAUUAGUCACUGGAACCACAUUCUGCUUUGAAGUAUGUAUGAACAUGCUUGCAUUUGUUUAUGCUUUUCUAGUUAAUAUAGCUGUACUAUUUUUGUGAUCUUAAAUUAUUUUCCAGUUUGGCACGUGCACUCCUAUGCAUCUAUCACAAUGGUGCUCAGCUUCUACAGGCAGUAGCUUUCCACUGUCUAGCACAGCCAUGCCCUACACAAAUGAUAUGCAUUGCCUCCCAUGGAGGCCCAUAAAUCUAAAAAUUGAAGAAAAUGCAACAGAGGAUGCUACCAAAGUAUGGAGAGGGUAGAAAUGUCUCAUGCCAUGUUGUUUGGCUCUUUUUUUUUUUUUUAAGACUGCUCCAAAACAAGACUUGGGUUAUUUUUGCUUUCACUGGGUAGCAAAGCUAAACUCAGAACACACAACUGAAGGUAUGCUUAAACACUGAGACAGCUGAGGCUGUUGUGACACUACUACCCACCUGCAGGCUACUGCCUUGAAAGUGAUUGGCAUGCAGAAAGUGCUGUUUGGGUUUCACUGAAACCCUGGAGGUUGUUCUAAACAGUUGCAUGAAAACUUGUAGUAGUCUUAAGCUGGAUUUUGGAAACAAGUUGUAAAUGCUGCUUACCCAGUUAAGUACAUCAGGGGCCUUUGGGGGGUGGGGACAAAUUCUGAUCAUGUGAAACAAAUGCUGUGCUAUCUUCAUAUUGUAAUUUCUUUAGUUUGGUGGUUUUGUAA